AUGACUAGUUACAUGCAGUUAACUCAGCCCUUCACCAACUAUGACCAUAUUGACUACACCCAUCACCAUCUUGGCCCAUGUCUUGUUGACAUGGCCCAUAACCAACUCGGCCCUUACACCAACUCAGCCCUCGGCAUUGGAACUCCUUUCUUCCCAGUGUCCGUAUGUUUAUUGAAGAUGGCAGUAAAUCAUCCUGAUAGUACUUCAAACCAUUGUGAAAAUAAUCCACAUUGUGAAAAUAACCCAGAUUCAGACUCAGGGACAGAAAAAGAUAAUGCACAGAAUACUUCCAUGUUUAGUUGGCCUAUACCAGUACCAAACUACCACAGUACUUCUCCAUUACAAGAUGAAAAGAAGUUUUCUAUCUCUGAAACUGAAAGUAAGAAAUCUAAGGAAGAAUUCAAAUGUGAAUCAUCAGAUGAGACAAAAGAUCACACAGGCCUAUCUUUUGUGAAUAGGCCUGCACACCCAUUGCAUGUUGCUACUUCUGUAGUACGAGCAGAUGAUAAAAGCUGUUAUUCUCUGAGGCAUGAACAGAAAACUGUUACCAACCUCGGUGACUUCAAAAAUGAUGAAAUAAACGAAAAGCUGUUCCAUGACAGCUUAGCAGAUGCAAUUGGACUGCCACAGAGUGCCUCGCAGAAGGUUAAUUUGAGUCUGCAAACACAAAGGUGUCAACUGAAGACAUUAAUCAAUUCAUUGAAAAAUGUUUCAAUAAAAGAUGCCUUUAGAAAAUUUAGAAAAAAAUUGACCCAGAAACAAGAGGCAGAAAUAGAAUUGGAAACAUUCAAGUUAGAACGUACCAGACUGCACCCUUGCCUUAAUACUAGUCGUGAAGAAUUCCAGCAGGGAUGUGACAGCCUACAGCAUGUCCAUACCGCUGAACAGCCAACCAAUUUGAUGCAGACUGGGAAGAAACUCCAGCAAAAAGAGCUGACUACACAAACAUCAGACAAGGAGGAAGCAUUAAGAAGUCUUCCAGAGGUUACAGAACAACUUGUACUUAGCCAGGAGGAGUGUACAUCCCUUAGUAACGACCUGAAAGAAUCCCAGCUUAAGGUCCACGCUGUAGAACAGCAGGCAAGUUUGCUGCAGACUGAAAAGGAACACUUACAAAAUUACCUGAUUACACUAACAUCAGACAAGGAGGAAGCAUUAAGAAGUCUUCCAGAGGUCACAGAGCAACUUGGAAUUUGCAAGGAGGAAUGUACAUCCCUUAGUAACAACCUGAAAGAAUCCCAGCUUAAGGUCCACACUGUAGAAAAGCAGGCAAAGUUGCUGCAGACUGAAAAGGAACACCUGCAAAAGGAGCUGAGUACAGUGAGAUCAGACAAGGAGGAAGCAUUAAGAAGUCUUCCAGAGGUCACAGAGCAACUUGGACUUUGCAAGGAGGAGUGUACAUCCCUUAGUAACAACCUGAAAGAAUCCCAGCUUAAGGUCCACACUGUAGAAAAGCAGGCAAAGUUGCUGCAGACUGAUAAUGAACACCUACAAAAAGAGCUGAGUACAGUGAGAUCAGACAAGGAGAAAGAAUCAACAAGUAUUAAAGAACUUACAAAGAAACUUAAACUUAGCAAGGAAUAUUGUGAUGCAAUAAUUAUUAGCUAUGAAGCUGAUCUAAAACAAAAGAACAAGGAAAACACUGAAUUCAAAGAGAAAAUAAGGGGACUUAACACAGACCUAAAAAAGUCUAUUAAAAAUGCUGAAAAGAAGUUUGAAGAAGAUCAGAAGAGAUCUAAGCAACAUGAGAAAGAGAUUGUUAAUUUGAAGAAGAGCUAUAAUUGUAAAAUCAAGGCAAUGGAGAAGGGAGAAGGUGAUAAGAUAAACUUUCUUGAAAGUGAACUUAGACCUGCAGAGCUGAAGCUGAGACAGACGGAGCUGUUCAAGGGAGAACUUGACUUUUAUAAGAAAGAGAACCAGCAGUACAAAACAAAAGCUGAGAAUUUGCAGAAGGAUUUGACUAAGGCUCGCACUGACGCAAACAAGUGUGAUCUGGAAAGACAAGCUAAUGAAACUUGGAAGAUGAAGAAAGAGUUUGAGAAGGAAAUUACAGAUUUGUCAAAUAAGAUUUUAAUGCUGGAAACCAAGAAUGACAACAUGAAGAGCAGUCUAGAAGAACAGCGUACAAAAGCGAUUACUAGCAGUAAUAAGCUAACAGAAGAACGAGAUGCAAAGGAACGUUUAGCCAAAUAUGUAGUUUUCCUGAAAUCACAGCUUUCACCGCCAAUAAGAGGUCAUAAACGAAAGAGAGAUAACAUUGAUGGCCUGAAAAAGCCCUCAAAGCGCAAACCGGAAGAUGUGGGUGACUAAAUGAGGAGAAACUUGAGGUGACUGAUCAGCAACUGUCUUUCGAUAGAGAAGAGUCCCUUUCCGGACAACUACUGGUUAAGACCUUGGUUGAUGAUCAAUCACUUACUGUCAAACCAAG